AUGGCCGCUUCUACGACAGCGUCGUCUGCUGACGAUAUUUCUAACUUCGAUACAGGCCUCGGCGGUGUCGACCAAGUCCAGAAUUUUCUUUUCAGAGAUGUUCUGUGGUGGAGCUUGGGUAUCGUGGCUCUCAGCAUACUAUGCCUCCGUUUCUUCGAGAUCGCUUUGGCCCACAUACGUCACGUUUCCGCCAUGGCACUCCCAGCCUCUGCCCAAGCAUACUGGCGCAGCGCCCAAUGGGGCUACAUGCCGUGGAUCAAGAAGCACCUAACUUAUGCACCUAUCUCGCGGAAGCGACACAACCGAGAGAUACAGAUUUCAUCGGCUCUCAGCAUCGGCACCUUGCCCACUCGCCUGCAAGCCAUUCUCCUCGUCGGCUACCUAGGUAGCAACUUGGCCUACAUGCUCGUUCUCGACUAUGGCCGAGAGAACCGUUGGUCUCUUUGGGCCGAGGUGCGAGGCCGUUCCGGCACGCUGGCUGCAGUCAACAUGGUGCCCCUAGUGCUUCUGGCAAGUCGCAACAACCCGCUGAUCAGCAUGCUGCGCAUAAGCUUCGACACCUUCAAUAUUGUGCACCGUUGGGUUGGCCGCACUGUGGCCAUCGAAACUAUAAUCCACACGAUCGCAUGGAUGGUGGUUCAGGUCAACGAUGGUGGCUGGCCGAGUGUGAGCUUUAAGAUAAUUCACGACAGCUUCAUCGCCUCGGGGACCGUUGGCGUGGUGGCAUUAACUGUGCUCGUCGUUGUGUCCGUGUCUCCCCUUCGUCACGCAUUUUAUGAGACUUUCCUGGCUACACACAUCCUGCUGGCGAUCAUCAUUCUUGCCUGCACUUGGAUCCACUGCGCAACAGCCAGCAUUGCAGGUGGACUUCCUGAACUGCCCUACGUCGUCGCGAUUAUUAUCCUUUGGGUCGUUGAGCGUCUGGCUCGUGUGGCCCUCAGUGCCUAUUCCUCAUGGUCGCGUCAUGGUUGGGCUGACGCAGUGGUCGAAGCGCUUCCUGGCGAAACCUGCCGCGUCACCGUCCACCUGCCAAGAUAUGUCAAUGUGCGGCCGGGCACUCAUGCUUACUUGCGCUUCCUGAAUAUCGCCCCGUGGCAGUGCCAUCCAUUUAGCAUCGCCUGGGUUAAACACAACCCUCGCUUUGACAACGACGAUAUCUUGCCAGUAUCCGUGAAGGAGGCACAAAGUGAGCAACAAAUUUUUAUGGAAGCUUCUGUCGAUGGACACAACAAAAAGACCCACCUUCUGCGCACGUCAGUCUCUUUUAUCAUCUCGGCCCAACACGGUUUCACGCGCAAGCUAUACGACCGCGCACGAGAACAGGGGCAACAAGCCAUCACAUUGAAGGCCUUGUUCGAAGGUCCCUAUGCCGGCCAUCACUCGCUCGACAGCUACGGCCAUGUCGUGCUGGUUGCAGGCGCCUCUGGAAUCACACACCAGAUCAGCUAUUUGCGACACCUGAUUGAGGGAUACGCUGCGGGAACUGUUGCUACGCGACGCAUUAGUUUCAUAUGGGUUGUACGGGACCAGGAGGCUUUCGAAUGGAUCCGGCCCUGGAUGGACGAGAUUCUGCGAUUGCCGCACCGGGCUGAAGUUCUUCACAUCCGGCUAUUUGUCACCCGCCCCAAGCAUGCGUUGAAGAUGUACCCUGCAUCACGAUCCGUUCAGGUAUUUCCGAGCCGGCCAAACAUUUCCACGCUUCUAAAGAAGGAGGUGGCCGAGCAAAAGGGCGCCAUGUGCGUUACUGUGUGCGGAUCCGGAGCAAUGGCAGAUGAUGUCCGAGCGGCAGUGCGGGAUGUGUUGGAUGAAGGCACAGUGGUGGAUUUCGUGGAAGAGAGCUUUACGUGGUAG